AUGGCCUCCAAGAAGACCGAUUUUGAUGCCCUGGACGAGUCCCAACUUGCCGAGGAUGGUGGUGAGAGGUAUCUAUUUCAGUGGCUCUCUGCGACGGAGAACGCUCUCAAAGACAAGUCCACGGAUGCACUCAAGUCCAUUCAGAACGAUGCGGAAGCAGCACUCGUCAAGGUUAUAGCUGCACCGGCUCCCUUUCCAUCCCCAGGACGCCCGUUUCGCAAUGCGGUAUCGAGAUGUUUGCUUCAUAUCUACCGGACGGGAGAAACCAAGACGCUAUAUGAUACGAUUCAGACGUUCCUCAAGAUAGCCGGGGACGUGAAGGCGUUCGAUCGUGACACCCACAAGACGCAAGUCUGCAGAGCAGCUUCCCUGUAUUGUGUCGGUGAACUAAUGGCGGAAUUCGGGACCCAAGUCAUGUCCCUCGUGUCCGAGGUAGUGAAUAUAACAAUCAAGAUAUACAGAUCGAACAGCUCAACACUUCUACGAUAUCACGCUCUCAUUGCGCUCGAGAAAACUAUAUCUUCGGCGAAGCGGGCAGUCACGGAGGCUACCUCUAGAGACAUCGUGAAGUAUAUGAGGCAGGGACUAAAUGAUAAGGCAUUGGCGGUCCAGAGAGCCGCUUCUGAUGUUCUCAUUGUGAUGCAUCCCGAAGGCGAGACACAGAUUACUCCAGCUGAAGUCGAGUCCUUGGUCACGCUAUGCGUCAAGUCGCUCGACGGCGCCGAUCAGCUUACAAGAUGCUCCUUGUCUCGUCUUGUAGGACAUUUCCUUGCGCUCACACAACAGCGGUUGGUUGUGGUCGUCCCGGAGCAGAAGAAGACCAAAAAGAAAGAUCCGAAGGCCGGGGAGGAGGUCGAAGACGAUGAUCCUCCCCCUGUAGUCAAGAUGGAUCCUGAGGACGUGAAAACCAUCCUGACACCUGUUGAAAUGCUACAUCAGCUCUCAACGCCUUACAAUAAACUGAACACUACCCGGAAAGCUCGCAUUGGCAUUUUUGACUUCUACGCCGCGACGCUCACCAGACUUGGAUCGCAAUUCGUGGAGCGAAACUACACUACGAUUGUCCAGCAUUUCAUGUCGGAGUUAGUCACGCAUGCACGCAGCCUAAGCACCCGCUACGAAAUCCUCCUGGCUCGCAGACUUAUCGGACUGCUGCUGAGGGAGCUCAUAGGAGAUCGAUUGCUGAGCGAACAGGCGCAAAUCACUGCGAUUCAAGAGCUGUCUAGCACUUAUCUCCGGAAGUGGCCAGCCCUGAUGCCUGGGCAGGUCGCCCCUCCAUCGCAGGUCCUGACGAUUGCGCUGAAGGAAGUUGGAGGGCUCCUAGAGCAACUGGGAAAUGCACCUCCACCUGUUCAGGAAGCUUUGGCAGAACCCCUCGUCACUCUCCUGGGUCAUCCAAGCCAUACUACGCGGGUGCAUGCUGCGUGGACGCUGAAGCGCCUCUGUCACGCCGCUCCGCUUCGGUUGCCCAAGGUCGUCUUCAGCGUUAUGGAAUUGUUGCAGCGCGAUAUCACCUCCAUCACGUCCCCAGCUGCACCCUCCGAUAUCGACACCCGAACUCUGGGCCAUGCCUACGGUCUGUCAGCGCUCAUCGCAAUCAUCGCAGAACAACCGCUGUAUGUCUCGUACGACAUCAGCGUGAAGGCCCUGGAUAUGGCUACGCUGCUGUUGAAGCGCGCGGCCGAACAUGACGUGAAGGUGGCUGGCGUCGAAGUCGAGGUUGCGUGGACGAUGAUAGCCUCCCUGAUGGCUCUCGGGCCCAACUUCGUUCGUGCGCAUCUCGCCCAGCUCCUGGUCCUCUGGCGAAAUGCCCUACCAAAGCAUACUAGCAAAGACGCCAUGAGCCGAAGCGUCACUGAAUGGAUGUUUUUGCUCCACGUACGCGAAAGCGCGCUCGGCGCUGUCCUCAAUUUCCUGAGGUACAAUGCCAGCCUCGUUACCUUGGACGUCGCUCGCCGCAUCUCGUCCUUAUUGGCGAAUGCUUUGUCCUUCGCCAACACAUUCAUAUCGCAACCCAUUGAAGAACCCCCCGAAAUCGGUUCGUCCAAGGCCAUGAACUUGAGGACUCGCGAGACGCUCCUGCGGCGCCGCAUAUAUCAGUGCUUCACUGCGCUCGGCUUCUCUAGCAUCGCCGAAUCGACGCAAGCCAGCUUGAUACAGUCGACAGUGUCCUUAUUUGCCAGCCCGGAGGGAUAUGCUGGAUCAUCCGUACAGGCAGCCAUUGCAUCGUCUUCUGGCUCGUUCACGUCCAUCUGGCAAAGUGUGGAUGCGUAUGCCUAUGGCCUCACAGGCCUCGAGACCGAAGAUCGAGCGACAGCAUCUGCUCGUCUCAACCGCGAUACAGUCGAGAAUCACCUCGAUGAAAUGCUACGAAAGCCCAUCUUGACAUCAAAUGAGCACGACACACUCGGCCUCUGUCAAACAAGAGAUGGCUCCGCACACGGUAUAGACACCCCACCGCCCGCUACUGGGGUAGUAGAUGCAGCUAUCGAACUUUUCGCGCAAAUACUUCCUCUGCAGGAUACUACAGCCUGUGUUCGUGCCGUUACUCAACUGCUUGACUCUGUCAAGUCCCCUAAACUAGAAAGAAACGCUGGGCGGAAAGCUGCAGUUUCAGUCAAUGCCGCGAUCGCGAUACUGAUGUCACUACGGGUUUCUGCCACCUUGCCCGCGAACCAAAUACGAGACAACUUGUGCAGUGCUCAAGUAACCACGGCGCUGUCGCCUUUCCUGAAGGACUCGAUAGUCGAGGGAGACGUCACGCUGCGUGCAGCUGGCAGUGAAUCCAUCGGCCGCCUGGCCAGCGUCGCUGGCACCAGCUUCCUGACUGCCCAGAUCAAGACCUUGGUCGAUCAGGUCGUGAGCAACCGCGAUCCAUAUGCACGUGCUGGAUGCGCGUUGGCCUUCGGGUCCAUCUAUGAACAUGUUGGUGGACUAGCAGCAGGCCCGCUGCUCAAGACAACGGUCAAUGUGCUUAUUUCGCUGGGCAAUGAUCCACAUCCUGUCGUCCAUUUCUGGGCAGUGUACGCGCUCAGUCAGGUUAUCAACGCGGCGAGUCUUGCCUAUGCCCCCUUCGUGCAUAGCACCUUAGGAAUUCUCCUCAAGUUAUACACCCUCGAAACCCACGAACCGGAAGGUGGAACGCUAAACGCCUCGAACUUGAGCGGGGACCUUCCUGUCUAUCAACCUGCAUGCCAAACCGUCGACGCGGUCAUCAAUGUCCUCGGACCAGACAUUCAGGAAUCUAGUAGAACUCGUGCGCUCAUCCUUGGCCUGGUUCAAGAAUUUUCGUUGGAAGAAGAUGAAGGCAUCCGAGUGGAGGCCAUCAAGGGUAUCCAGCACUUCUUGAUGUUCGCUCCGGAGCAUGUACGCAUACAGGAGUUUGUGCUGCAGUUUAGAGCGCAUCUCGGCUCGUCGCGUCGCCCUCUCAAGCUGGCGUCGAUCAAUGCACUUUAUCAACUCGUACAGAAGGAUGCCCUGGCUAUGUCGAAGAUCGGUGGCGAUCGACUGGUCGAAGAGCUUUUCGCGAUGUUGGAUAGCGACCCAUCCAUCGACGGAGUGCGAAACGUCAUCACGAGUUGGCUUCAACAGACGGUCGUUUAUAACCCGUCGGCUUGGAUUGACUUGUGCCAAAGGAUCAUGUCACGCACGACGGCGUCGCAGCGAGCUGCUGACGCUGCCUCAAAACCGGGUGCUCUCCAAGAUGACGAAGGAGAGUCACUUAGUCUGGGUACGACGGAGUUGUCAUCUGGUGGGCAAGUCACGUCGCGUUGGAGGACCCAACUCUUCGCGUUGCAAUGCCUGCAUGCAAUUUGCUCCACAAUAGCAUCUUCAGGAAGGCGAGAACAUAUAGAUAUUCCAUUCGCACUUCGCCAGGGACUCUCGCCCAAGGGUCUAUUGGUUACCCGAGUGUCAGAUCUCAUCAAGAUGGCAUUCACGGCAUCAGCAGCCUACGUUCCAGAUGUUCGUCUGCAGGGUUUACAGCUGCUGCGAGAUGUCCUCGAAGUGUUCUCGAGGUCCCCCGAUCCCGAUUAUGAGGAAUCGCUGCUACUUGAGCAACAUCAAGCGCCGAUCACGGCCGCGCUCACGCCAGCAUUCUCAGCCGACUCUACCCCCGAAAUCCUUGCAUCCGCGGUGAAGGCAUGCGCCGUAUUCGUGGGCUCCGGGAUAGUCAAAGAUGUUACAAGAAUGGGCAGAAUCCUUAAGUUGCUAACAUCUGCCCUAGAGCAGUCGAAAGAGGAUGGGACCAUCUCGCUGGGGGAUGCUCGUGACUUAAGCCCGAACGCGUCAGUUAUGAUUCGCAUAGCGACCGUUUCAGCUUGGGCAGAGUUGGCAGUUGCUAGCAUGCACCAACCGUAUCUGCUGGAUGUCUUGAAGCCUCACCGCGCGACCUUGGCGUCCUCCUGGAUAGCCUGUUUGCGCGAUUACGCAAGCAUUCAAGCUGGAUCAGAUAUGUCGCAGGACGCUAGCUCCGUCACCAUCGAUGCGACUAGCUUCAGCCUCGGCAAAGAUGUCUUCCUUCCGUAUUAUCGAGAUACUUGGUCAGUCAUUUUGCACGCCGUGAAUAUUGCGAUGCAAACACAGGACCCCUUCGUUCUCGCCGCUAUCGAUGGUCGCGAACCAUCGGACGGCGUGGCUGCCGAUAAUGCCAAGGCUCGCGAGGAUCCUGCAACUUUCUUCUUUGUGCUUUUCGGUCUGGCGUAUGAAGCUCUAGCAACUUCCUCAGUCGAGUCAGCUGCUGGUGGCGCGCAAUCGACUCGACAAACGUCCAUCAUCGCGUUGCAGGCACUAAAGUACCUCGUGCGCCCAGAGUACUCUGGAACUAGCUUCCUCCAGACACCCGCAUUCCAGGAGCUGAUCAGCCUCUGCUACCGAAUCGCGAUGACGGAACCACCGUCCGUACAGGUCCGUCUGGUUGGAAUGGUAGCUGAGCUUGCAUCGAGUCAUGCGCCUCAGGUACAGAGCGCUGAUCUGAGAGAGGGUUUCCCGUCAGGUAUUGCGCAUACGCAUUGUCUGCGUAUAUGCGGUCAGGUGCUUCGCAAUGCCAUCCCAGGGGCCAAUACUAGCAUCAUCCAUGCCGAUGCAAGUGCCACCGACCGGAUCCAGUUAGUCAACGUAGGCUUUGACGCCUUUGCCACGGUGGCGUUGACAUUUGGUCCCGCCUGGACAGAGGAACUGCGCGCUGUAGCGGUCUCCCUUUACAACGAAUUCCUGAAAGAGGAGAAUUCGCCUAUCGACAUCACCAGCCCGACUUUGCAGUCGCUUAAGAGCUUAUUGGAGGUGAAGAGUGAGGCACCGAGCGGCAAGUAUGACCGCGUCGCACAUGCGAUACUAUCGAGCUGCUUAAGCAACAUCGACCAGAUGAGGGGACGGGCGGGACCCGUGGUGUCGCGGAAGAUAAAGACCAACUUGCUCGCAGCCGUGCUGAUCUUGACUGUCGUACCGCCCACCGUCAAGGUUGGCAGGCCCGCCAUUGAGCACUGCUGCUUCAUCAUCAGCGAGAAAUUACUAGAUGAGGAAGAGGUUUCCCUUACGGCCGUGCAUUGCGCCAAGACGCUCAUCGUAGCCGCCUCGAAUGGGAACCUCAUGCUCCGGCAUUGCACGAAGAUGCUCCUUCCCGGUCUGGUGGAGUACGUUGCCCGCAUCGCAACUGUGCUCGCGGAAGGUGGGGCCACCGACAAACACAGUGCGGGCGCGAGCGAGGUGGUCAAGGCAUUCGCUGCCUUCUUCGCCGUCGUUCCCCCCGACCAGCGCGCGUUGGCGCUCGGCGUCCUGCUCCCAACUCUCGCGCUCCUGCUCGACUCUUCCGGCCAGGUUCCGCCGACGCCGAUACAUACGGAAGUUGUUGCGCAGAUCCUGGCGUUCGCUACGACCGACGCGGCCGCGUUCAAGGACGUGACUGCGCGUCUCGAUCAGGCGGCGCGCGACACGCUCGAGACCGCGGUGCGACAAGCAGUCGGUUCGCGGGCCGCAGGUUCCGCGCAGCAGGCCGCAAAACCGCAGAUCUCACUGCGGUCGUUCUGAUCCAUGUUGCUCCUGAACGAGUCCUAACCCCAGAUAUCGGUUGCGGGCGUGUUUGUUUUAGCUACGAAUGUGGAUGAGGAUCGAGCAUGUAUUGAGUGUGGAACGAACUAUGGAACAAGAUAAACACUGAUACAGUGGUCAACAUGUACUGCGUACAACUGAGCUUCGCAAAGUAAGGACGGAACGUAGUCAAGACGCCACGAUGCGAACUAUGUACAGGGCCCAUCGGACGAUCCAAGAGCUGUUGUGAGACGAAGAAUAUAUCAGAGAAACAAGGGCCAAGAAACCGGUCAGAUAUAUGACACAACAUCGAGUAGCGAAUAGAUAUAGGGAUAGAUAUCAUGAUGAUCAUCGUCAUAGGAUCAUAGCAAUGAGGCUCUUGGUAUCGCGGCAGGCUCGCUUUAUGCUCGCCGUUUGGAGAGCGCCUCGGAGAAGGCGAGCGCAACGAUGAGGCCAGCGGUGAGAACGCGAAGGCGAGGACCCAGGACGUCGAUGCCAACAAUCUGUGAUUCGAGCUUGGCAUACGGGUACGCGAUGUCCGCUACGAGGCGGACGAUGGAUGCUGUCAACGCGUCGAACGGGCGGACUACCACGGUUGUCUUCGGUACAGGCUCGGGAGACGCGAAAAAAUUUUGGCGGCCGGCAAGGGGUGGUACCGUGCGAUCGAGGCGCACGAGCGCGUCUUCGUGGUCUAUUUCGCCGGCGGGGGUUAUUGCGCGACGGUGUAGCCGAGGCGAGCCAGGGCGCGAGGCCGACGGCACGGUAUUGUACGUGUCGUAGGCGUUCCCCAUAUGUUGUUGAGUGGGUUGGGACGGAGGUACGAACGAGCAGAAGAAGCCGCAGAUGGCCGGCAGGAUGAGGGCGGGAAACGCGCGGUGCCAGAGGAUAAGCCAGAGCGCGCGCGUUUGGAAAGCGGCAAGCGGGGCGUAGGGCAGGCGGAGGUAAUGUUGCUGGAGGACUUUAGAUUCAGGGAGUAGGUGAACCUCAACUGAGGUCCAAGGAACAACGGCCACGAGGAUGCCGAUCAGCUCCAUGAACGCGCUGAAAAGCCAUAUUGUGCGCGCGGAGGAACAUAAGUCUUGCAGGUCCGCAAAAAUGAGGGUCCCCAUCCGCUGGCCCCUGCGUGCACGCGCGAGGAUCUCUUCUGCCUGAGGCUGAACAGCUUCGAGCAUCUUCGUCGGGCUCGCCGCGCGGGGUAUGAGCGCACUCAGCUGCCCAAGCGCGUCCGCGGCGCCAUGGAAUACGUUUGAGAGCGUGUCCCUUCUGUCGUGAUAGCCAAGCUCCUCGAGCGUGAAGCCCUCGAAUUCUUCCUCUUCGGGCUGUACGUGGCGAACGGGCGCCGGAGACGCAGCCUGAGAAGGAGGACCGGACGGGCGGCCAUUGAAGGGCGACUUGAGGAGAGAGGAGACGUGCUGAAGGUCGGCGGCGGGCGUCGCUGGGGCUGGCUGCUCCUGAACAGCCUCAAGGGCUCUGUGUCUCGCGCGUGAAGGUUUAGAUGGCUCAGCGUUGACGGCAGGAGGUGGCUUGCUGGAGCCGCGGCGACGGCGAGAGUAGAGGCCGGCGAAGACGGGGUCGUCUUCGAGUUUGUCCUGGUUUGCGUCGAGGUGACGUUUGAUCCUCGCCUGGAGCUCCUCCUUCGUGCCCCCGCUCUCGAUCUUCAGGCUGUCCGCAAUCUGUUGUAGAUCCGCUUUUUUCUUGGGCUGCAAUGCACCGGCGUACGCGAGGGGCGCC